AUGUCAUCCGACAAAAGUGAUGACUUGUACGAGAAGGCUGCCGUUGAGCAAUCUGAGGUCUUGGUCAACAAGGACCUCAUGAAGGAUGCCUUCGAUGGAGAGAACCGCGAACAUGAGAUGACAACGUGGGCGGCCAUGAAGAGCCACCCCUGGGCUUGCUUGUGGGCAUUCACCAUGUGCUUCACUAUUGUGAUGGAAUCGUUCGAUAUGUUCCUAAAUGGUAACUUUGUCGCGCUUCCCGCGUUCAAAGAACGGUAUGGCGUCGACGUCGAGGGACACGGUUACACUAUCCCGACCAAAUGGCAAAGCUCCCUCUUCCAGGCCGGUCAAUGUGGCGCUUUCGUCGGUGUUUUCUUGGCCGGUCCUAUCACCAAUCGGUUUGGCUACCGCUUGACUACCAUCUUCGCCCUGAUCCUUAUGAACGCCACCAUUUUUAUUUCCUUCUUUGCCGACUCACUCACUGUCCUUGUGGUCGGCCAGGCUUUAGAAGGUAUCCCUUGGGGAUUCUUUAUUGCAAACUCCCCCGCCUAUGCCAGUGAGAUUGUUCCUCUCUCCCUGAGAGGUGCCUGCACGGCUACUCUUCAAAUGAGUUGGUCCAUCGGUUCAAUCAUUGUCGCCGCCGCAACCUACGGCUACAAUAAGCGCAACGAUGAGUGGGCUUGGCGAGUGCCUCUUGCCUUACAAUGGAUCUUUCCUACUCCUCUCUUGAUCCUCCUCUUCUUCGCCCCCGAAUCGCCUUGGUGGCUGAUUCGCCGUGGACGCAAAGCAGAGGCCCUUCGUUCCAUCGAGCGUCUUGGUAGUGAAUCUCAUGAGCAAGCUCAGCAGUCGCUUGCUAUGAUAGAACGAACCGUUGAGAUCGAAGCUCAAAUGGGCGGUACCCCAACUCUUCUCGACCUUCUCAAGGGCACCGAUCUAAGACGAACUAUCAUCACCUGUUUAAUCUACGCGUCGCAGAACUUUGCCGGUAACUUGAUUGCCAACCAGGCAACUUACUUCUUCGAGCAGGCCGGCAUGGGCUCCGACCGUUCAUUCCAACUCAAUCUGAUCAACUCGUGUCUUCAAUUAGUUGCCAACAUAAUCUCUUUACCUCUGGCCUCUUCAUUUGGUCGCCGAACCAUCUAUCUCUGGGGCACAGUCACCAACAUGAUCCUACUCCUGCUCCUCGGCGUCUGCGCCUCUAUCAGCCAGAAUACAGCGACCAACUACGCCCAGGCCGUUCUAGGAAUCAUCAUCUCCUUCGUCUUUGCCGGUAGUCUCGGACCCAUUUCAUACACCAUCAUUGCCGAGAGCUCCUCCGUACGUCUUCGCGCCUUGAGCACCGGUGUCGGUCGUGCCGCGUACUAUUUCGCCGAGAUCCCCAUGAUCUAUCUUGCCUCGCAAAUGCUUAACCCUACUGGGUGGAAUCUCGCUGGAAAGUGUGGCUACGUCUGGGGAGGUACCGCUUGUGUCUGCUUUGUGUCGGCCUACUUCUUCCUUCCUGAACUCAAGGGCCGCUCUUACCGUGAAAGUGAUAUCUUGUUCAAUCGCAAGAUUCCUGCCCGGAAGUUCAAAUCGACCGUUAUUGAUGUCAGGGAGAACGAGUAA